AGAAUAGCACGUCCCGAAGCUCAGGGACCAAAACAGAGAUAGAGAGCGACAUAGCUAGCUAGUAUACCACCAUUUCUCUCUCUUUGAAUAUUUUAAUAUUCUGCUAUUAAAAUCCUCCAAUAUAUGCACUUUGGACAUAAAAGGGUUUGGAUUAGGUGUUUCCAACAUUGUCUAAUCACAAAACUUCAUUCUACAAAAUCAAAUCUGAAAGUUUCAUUUCAUCAAAGCAGAUGGGAUCUUCCUUCUUUCAGUAUCCAAAUCAAGAAUCCUUCUGCCGGGAGGACAAGCUUCUUCUCAUACACACUUGUCUCCCUUUCAACUUCAAUGACUCGGAGGAAAUGCCUCUGCUUGAUGUGCUUGCUGAAGGAGCUACAGACUCCUUCAACUCCAGUGAUCCCCCCAUAGAUUGUGCACUGAGAAAGGAAGAAGGGUUUGAUUCUGGGUCCAAGGAGGAAGAACCAAAGAAACAAAUAUCAUACCGAGGUGUUAGAAGGAGGCCGUGGGGGAAAUAUGCGGCGGAGAUAAGGGAUUCAACGAGAGAUGGUGUUCGGGUAUGGCUAGGAACAUUUAACAGUCCUGAGGAGGCAGCUCUGGCUUACGAUCAGGCGGCAUUCACUAUGAAAGGGUCCCUUGCCAUUCUCAAUUUUCCCGUGGAAGUUGUUCGGGAAUCGCUUCGAGAUAUCAAGUACCGGAGAGAGGAGGGUCGCUCGCCGGCGAUGACUCUGAAGCUAAAACACUGCAUGAGGAGGAGGUUGAGCAAGAGAAAAAGCACGGAGAAUGGAGUACGUGGAAAGGACAUGGUAGUGCUUGAAGAUUUAGGGGCUGAAUAAUUGGAACAGCUUCUGAAGAGUUCAUGUGAAAUUAAAUACUGAAAUAAUGGUAAUUACUUGCUGAGCUAAUAUGAUCUUAUUUGGGGAUUACUUUUGGCUUAUUUGAUUUUCGUUUGGUUUGUGAUUUCUUAAUUUGGUGAAGUAUUGGAAAAUUAUAAUGUAAAUUAAUGUAACCGUUCCUCAGUUUGCACAAACUAAGAAAUUGAAUAAAGGAAAAUUUUAUGA